AUGAGGCACUGUGCCCUGGAUCUUUGUGAAAUCCUUGCCACCCACCUUGACGAUGAUAUCCUGUGUUUACGAGUAAAGAUGCUGGAACUAGGCAGUUGCACGGCUAUUCUCAGUGAAGAUGUCUCAGAGUGCUCCACCUACAUCCUGAGCGCCCGCGCUGCCGGCACCGCGCCCUGCAGCUUCCCGCCGAGACACCUGCGCACCCAGCUAGACGCACUUCCCGCGUACCAGCGCACCCUACUCACCUCCCUACCCGAGAUCUACUCGGCACAGCGGACGCGCGAUCCGCCGGACCCAAGGAUCCGGAGCAAGUGUCAAGACCCUUCUGGAGCGACACUUUUUCAUUCUUGUACCCCUCCCCUUCGGCUGCGGGGCCCCUACUCACACGUUCCCCCGAACCUCUGUGCGCCCAAGAGGGCUCUGCCCUCGGAGACCCGAGCAAGCUCCGCAGCGCUCAGCGGGCACAGCCGAUCAGGCGCCCCGGCCACCCCAAAACAGUGCCAACCUCCGUGUACCCGGGGCCCCCAUCUGGAGCCAGCCCACCCAGGACCAGGCGACGGGCGGCGCCUAAGGGCCCCUACUCACACGUUCCCCCGAACCUCUGUGCGCCCAAGAGGGCUCUGCCCUCGGAGACCCGAGCAAGCUCCGCAGCGCUCAGCGGGCACAGCCGAUCAGGCGCCCCGGCCACCCCAAAACAGUGCCAACCUCCGUCUGAUCUUGGGAUUGCUGCUGCUCACACUGCACAUCACGGUUCGGCGCGGUUCCGGAGCCGCCGACGGGUCCAACGCGGCCACGAGCAACGCCAGCCUGGCCCAGCUGCAGAAUAACCUUAACCUAGAAGGCGACUCCGCAUCAGAAACCAGCUUUCCUCUCUCCAAAGAAGUACCAGCAGAGCCUCUGGACCACCACGCAACACAUCAACCCUUUCCCAGACAGCGAUUCCCACCAGAAACUGGGCACCCCUCCGUGCAAAGAGAUGGUCCCAGGUCCUUUCUCCUGGACUUGCCAAAUUUUCCAGAUCUUUCCAAAGCUGAUAUCAAUGGGCAGAAUCCAAAUAUUCAGGUCACCAUAGAGGUGGUCGACGGUCCAGACUCUGAAGCAGAUAAAGAUCAGCACCCGGAGAAUAAGCCCAGCUGGUCAGUCCCAUCCCCCGACUGGCAGGCCUGGUGGCAGAGGUCCCUGUCCUUGGUGAGGGCCAACAGCGGGGACCAGGACUACAAGUACGACAGUACCUCAGAUGACAGCAACUUCCUCAACCCCCCCAGGGGGUGGGAUCGUCAGGCCCCAGGCCACCAGACUUUUGAAACCAAAGAGCAGCCAGAAUAUGAUUCCACAGAUGGAGAAGGUGACUGGAGUCUCUGGUCUGUCUGCAGCGUCACCUGUGGGAAUGGUAACCAGAAACGGACCCGGUCUUGUGGCUACGCGUGCACUGCGACAGAAUCUAGGACCUGUGACCGUCCAAACUGUCCAGGCAUUGAAGACACCUUCAGGACAGCGGCCACGGAAGUGAGUCUGCUUGCAGGAAGUGAGGAGUUUAAUGCCACCAAGCUGUUUGAAGUCGAUACAGACAGCUGUGAGCGAUGGAUGAGUUGCAAAAGCGAAUUCCUAAAGAAGUACAUGCACAAGGUGAUCAACGACCUGCCCAGCUGCCCCUGCUCCUACCCCACCGAGGUGGCCUACAGCACAGCAGACAUCUUUGACCACAUCAAGCACAAGGACUUCCGCUGGAAGGACGCCAGCGGGCCCAAAGAAAAGCUGGAGAUCUACAAACCCACAGCACGAUACUGCAUCCGGUCCAUGCUGUCCCUGGAGAGCACCACGCUGGCUGCCCAGCACUGCUGUUAUGGCGACAACAUGCAGCUCAUCACCCGGGGCAAAGGGGCGGGGACACCCAACCUCAUCAGCACCGAGUUCUCUGCUGAGCUGCACUACAAGGUGGAUGUGCUGCCCUGGAUCAUCUGCAAGGGCGACUGGAGCAGGUACAAUGAGGCACGGCCGCCCAACAACGGGCAGAAGUGCACUGAGAGCCCCUCUGAUGAGGACUACAUCAAGCAGUUCCAGGAGGCCAGGGAGUACUGAAAGGAUGUGAGGUGCACAGGCGCUAUCUCUGGUUUUAGGGCACUGAUCACCCAGGUCUUCCCAUGUGUUUAAGUGUAUAUUUGUGUAUACUACAUGAGUUUUUAUGAAUUACACAAGGGGUGGGCACCAGGCCCGUGCACAACCACCAUGGGAAGCCAUCUUGAUCAUGCACAGACCUCCGUGUAGGCGGCCAUGUGGGCAGGAGGCUGGGACACCACAGCAGACAGAAGAGGAACCUAGGAGCCUUGUGGGUGUGAUCUGGUGUUUCCAGACAUGGAAAGGAGGAAAGAGACUGAAGUUGUAAACAUUAUAAGUAGUUUUUAUAUAUAACUUAUUUAAUACGAAUGUGACUUAAGCUUAACCUUUUCUCUGGAGUUGUCAUUGUAAAGCUAUUUAAUUGUUUCUGUGAGAAUCAGACAGAGCGGGGCCUAGGGAAGUGGGAGAGAAAAGGAAUUUUGCAAUGGUUUCCUUACAAAGAAAAUAGUGCAAUGGAAGCAUAUCAAAAUAAGAAAACACCCACCUUAAACCAAAUGUUAUGUAGUCGUACAGCACCUUGCUGGAGUCUCAGAUUCCAAAUUUCUCUUGCCUCAGACGGGGUAUUUUUAGGGGAAAAUCUGAGCCUAGGUUUAAAAUAGGCUUUGAAAUAAAAGAUGAAUGUUAGCAUAUCCUAUGGUCUGCUAAAAGACCCCCCAGACAGUAGAAUUUCUGCGCAAGUCUUAGUAGGUUCGGAAGAUUGCAGGAAGUUCAGACAGAGAAAGAGCAGCACUUUUCCAGAGGAAAAAAGCAAAAGAAAUGCAAAAAGAAUAUGAUCUCAUUUCAUCUAACAAUUUUUUUCCACUAGUCUACCCCCAGGAAAUAAAGUAUAAAAAAGGAAGGAGGGGAGCUGAAGUCUUGGAAAUUCUAAUUUUUUUAUGUUUUAAGAAAGAAGAAAACUGCAUUAUUUUUAUAAAGUAUUUAUUGAGUCACUGGGUGUUGUGCAUCAGAUGAUCUGGUUCUAUAGGGUGAAACUUAGGAUAAAUAGAAUGGGUUCCUAUGCAAUAUCCUACCUGCAAAACUCCAGGAAAAGAGAAUAUAUAAUAAAGUCAUAAUAAAAUGUUUUACCUGCAGCCUUGAUUUAUGAUACAAGUACCAUAAAUAGCCCUAGGUGGUAAUGAAAGGCUCAUUGAUUGACAACACAGUGGUGGCUGGCGUUAAGUCAGCAUCUUUGGCACCGAUUAUGUCUGUCCAGCCCCCAAGUGGCUGAAAUCCAUUGACACACAUGUCUCUAUUUGUCCACACAAAGCUAAGCAAACCAAACCAGAGCAAAGGCUGAAAACAGCUCAGAUGAAUAAAGCCACUUUCAAACAAAAUUCUGCAGUUAUAAUUACAAGCAGAACUGCUUUAUCAUUCAAAUUAUUUCUUUUCUAGAUAAGAAACCAAAGCUCAAAAAAAAAAAUCACAUUGGACCCAUCUUUCAUUUUCUAGCCUGAUGUUCUUCCUACAAAAAGGGAAGUAGGGGCUGGGGAUUUAGCUCAGUGGUUCCAGUGCCUGCCUUGUAAGCAGAAGGGCCCAAGUUCAAUCCCCGGUAUCAAAAAAAAAAAAAAAAAAAAGAAAUUUUUGCUCUCUGUAUAUGCCUAACAUCUUUGGUAAUCUUGACCCAAACCUUAAGUUCUUUACAUAAAACUCUUCUUAUGAAAAAGCCCUUAUCAGUCACAAUGCAUUGCCCUAAAUAUAUUAGGAUGUUUGUAUUUAGGAUCUUCAUCUAAUCAUGGAAUGAAGAGCCUUAUUCAAAUCUGAAGGAAUGUUAUGCAACUGAACUAACACAGAAUCAAUGGGUCCAUGUAUCAGGGAAGCAGAUUUGGUUUCUGACAGUAGGAAGAUAAUUUUUUUCAAAGCAAAUUGGCUAGCAAUGGAAUGCAUUGGCUUUGAUAUGAGGAGUUCCCUCACAGGACAUACACAGAAGCAGAAAAUGUAGAUGAGAUGGAUGGGAAGCUAGACUGCAUACUAAGAGACGAAAACAUUCCGCAGUGAGAGCCUCUGACAAAUGUUCUAGUUAGAGUUGGAGGAACACCAUUGAAAGGAAGUUCAUAAGUGAGAUAAUGGUAAGUGACAUAAAGACAGAUUUUUGAUCACACUCAUGAUGUUGAGAUGAUCACAGCGGCUUACCAAGAGUCUGAUAAGUAUGAUCUUGGCCAAGUGAUCCUCUUCUAAAUGAUGACCCAGGGUCCAGACUCCUUUUAUCUGUCACUCUGCCAUCAUCAAGGUGUGACUCUCUAGGAUGCCCUGGAGGUCAUCUCUAGUACAGCCUGCUCCAAGGGUAAAGAGCAGGGAGAAUAAAUGCACAGUUUUAAGUCAGGCAGCAAAGACCUAUACAUCACUCCUCACUCUCUGUGGCUCUGCUAUUUGUCACACCAUUCCAUAAUGGUGACAAGCCACUUGGGAGUCCAGGAAGCAGAAAUAGACUGCACAGCACUGCUAGUCUGUGCCCCAGAAGUGGGUCACAAGUACCUUGAUCAUACGUGGAAAGAAAGGAAGCAGAAGGGUCUCUGGGUGGAUCCAAAGCAAGUGGUCAAAGGCAGAGAUCCUUCUCACCUCUCCUGUGCUACAUGCUAUUUUAUAGUGCUAAGCUGCAAUACCUUUAUUAGAUUUUCAUCAAAUACCUAAACAAAUACCUAAAAAAAGCAAACCAAAGGAGGAAAGGUUUAUUCUGGCUCAUGAUUUCAGACAUUUCAUUCCAUGGUCAGGAGACUCCAUUGCUUUUAGAUCUGUAGCAAGGCAGAAGCAUCAUGGUAGAAGGGCAUGUUAGAGAAAAUCUGCUCACCUCAUGGCAUCCAGGAAGCAGAGGAGGAAACAGCUAGAGCAGAAGGAGCUGGAGACAAGAUACUCUUUAAAAGUGUGGACCCAGUAACUUAAUUCCUCCAACUGGGCCCCACCUCCUAAAACUCCAGCUAUAAACUCAUCAAUGGAUCAAUCAACUGAUGAAGCCAGUGCCCUCAAGAUCCAAUCACCUCUGAAUAUUGCUGUCUUGUCCCAUCAAGUCCACAGUACAUGAAUCUCUGGGGGACCCUUCAAAUCAAUAGCAUAAACUCUAUAAGUUUUAAAACACUUUAAUUUUAGAAUUAAUUUCCUUGCGGACUAUAGAUAGAUCAGUGCUAGUCCAAGGACCAGUUUCCUCAAGUCUCCCUAGUGACAGUGAUCAAAACCUCAGGAGCAUCAACUCUGUCUCGAUAUACACAGAGUUAUGAAAAAGAGUUUGGGAGAAGAGGACAGGGCAAAUUUCUUUCUUCGUAAUCCAUUUACAAUUUCCAAUGGAAAAAUGUGCGAGUCAUUACCAUUAUCACUGCACAAUUUCAGACAAAUUAAAGGCUUGCUUCAGUAAUUACUACGUGGGCAAAUGCAGAAACAUAUAUCUGUGUGUACAGAUCCUGCACACAGUAGUGCAAAGUAAGGCAGAAAGUUUACAGUCAGUUGCUUUUUUUUUUUUUUUUAACCAUAUGGGAUUAGAAGACGGAUAUUUUCUAGGAUCAGAAGGUAAGAUUUACUGAAACAAAUUUUUGGAACUAGCAUCUCUUUGUUGAAUUGUACCAAAAGAACAAACCUUAGAUACAGAUAAUUUGUUUUUUAGAUUUGCACUUAGAAAUCUAGAAAGCCAAAAUACAAAGACCAGUGCUUUGCCUGUAAUGGCAAAAAUAACAUCAUCCUUAGCCAUUUUAGUGGUGGGGGACUUGGCAAGGGACUGGGUUGAGACACAGCUGCAAUAGCAAAGCUAGGUAAGAAUAUUUAUGACUUUGCUAAUUUUCUAUCUGUUCUGGGAUUAAUAAAUGCACCCUUAUAGAUAUUCAUGAUUGCCCUAAAAAUGAAAAAAAAAUUUAAAUGGCACAGAAAAGUCUUUCAUUCUUG